CGUCACGUCCCUUAUUAGAGAAUCCAAGACGUCACUAUCCACUGAAACUUACUUGUCUGACAGCUGUCGAGCACCCGAAUGAGCUUCCAGCCCACGCACUAUUACCCCUUUAGGUAAUAUGUUUAGUACUCGUAAGUUUGGCGAACACAAGUAUGACAUCACCAUAUAUGAUGAACUAUGUAAUAUGGAAGUAGCAGCUUUUCUCAACUCGAUCUUCUUUUUGGGACUUCCAACAGAUAAAUAAUAUCAUUAAUCCUGUAACCUUCCAAGCAAAUAAAGUUUCAUAAUAUUUUCUCCCAAUUACAGCAACUUCACAAGCAAUCCAAUCAAAUCAUCAACAAUUCCAACGAAUCAGCCAGAUCAAACUCGCAAACAAGAAAAAUGUCGACCAUCACACAAGUCGCCGCGCGCCGUCUAGCUCUGACUUCCAGGGUCACAGUAGCUGCGGCCCCAAGAUACUUCAGCACGACCAUAGCUGCGCAAAAGACCGUCACAGAGGCUGCCAAGGACACGCUAAAAGAGGUCGACCGCAAGGUCUCAGACAAGUUGGUCGACGGUAUCAAUGCCGGUGCCAACCUCGCGUCAAAGGUCAAGGGUGAGGCAGACACCGGAAAGAUAAAAGGAUCCGCCGAGGAGAUCCGUGGUGAGGUGAAGGGCAAGGCAGAAGAAUUGAAGGGCAGUGCCAAGGGUGCGGCGAAGGAAGCCGAGGGCAAGGUUAAGGGAAGCUUGUAAGAAACUGGAAAGGAAUCGGAAAAGGAAAAUGGAAAAGGAAAAAAGCAUAUGCAACUAUUGUUCGUCAGGACGAGCUACUCGCCUCACCAUGAGGUGAGCGGCCUACGAUAAUGAGAAUGAAAUCAACCUCCAUAGGAUGAAAUUGUAUUAUACGCAUACCUAGGUACCUCUGUAUAUUCGCUAGUCACUUUCAUGCAUUGCUCUGUUGUAAUUGCAUGGGCAUAUCUCCCAUCUUUGCUGUCGUGAAAGUUACAAAUAUCAUUAUCAUGUGAUGCGCAUGGCCUUGUGGGACACCUACCUUGGUA